AUGGACGCGAGCGACGCUCUGCCGUCAUGCCUGCCUUCGUCCCUCCCCUCGUCCCUCCCUUCGUCCCUGCCUUCGUCGUGCCUCCCCUCGUUCCUCUCCUCCGCCAUUCACAAGCCCGCCGUCAUCGUCGUCGCGCUCUUCCUCGCGUGCCACGUCAUCUUCUUCCUCGAGUUCCCCGUCUCCUUCCGCCUGCCGCACAUCGCUGUUAUCGAGGAAGCCCAUAACGAAGCAGCCCCGAGCGCGCUAGUUGACGACAGUAGAAGCAGCAGCGGUCCUUCUUUUCGUAGUAGCAGCAGCAGCACUAGUAGUGUUCCUAUCACCGGCGCUACUCCCCGUGGCUCUGGUACUCCUCCGUUUGGAGGUUCAUCUCACGGCGACGUUCCCGUUAUAAGCCUCCUCGGCAUUUCCGAUUCAUGCCUCCGCCUCUUUCGCGAAAGGGCCGACAACAGCUUUCCUGAUUUCGGUAACAAAACUUUCGCGGACUCAAACGCCACGACGAUAUCUGCUGGUAGCAGCGCGGCAGCAGGUCGGUCACGGUCUUCCGGGGGCGCAAGUGCGGCGGAAUUAGACGCGUGUCGAACACGCCUCCUCGAGGCCUUUCGACGGCUGGCCCUUCGCGCUCAGCAGGCGGAGCAGGUGGCGCAGGGGGCGGGUGGGGAGCAGGGGGAGCAGGGGGGGGCGGAGAAGGGGGAGAUGGGGGAGCAGGGGGGGCAGGCGGAGAAGGGGGAGAAGGAGGAACAGGCGGAGCAGGCGGAGAAGGCGGAGCAGGAGGGGGAGGAGGAGCAGGAGGGGGAGGAGGAUAAGGUGCUACUAACGAAGCUUAAAUCCGAGGCUAACAACACCACCGAACCACCCACGGCGGCUAGUAUUAGCAACAACACCGAGCCACCCACCGAACCUAUCAAGAACAGCACCGAGCCUCUGACCGAGGCUGAGGUGGCAGAGCAGCAGGCAGGUUCGGUGGGGCAGGUGUGUUCGGAGGGUUGGAAACGUGGUGUGCUGGCACGCGCUGCCGGCAGCAGCUACAUCCGAGCGGCUGUAGCGGCAAAUCCAGGGACGAAUCAGAACGUGGGAGCGGCUGUAGCGGCGUGUGUAGAGACGCCUCAAAGCGCCGGAGCGGCUGUAGUGGCGAAUCUGACGGGAAUAGAGGGCAUUGAGGCGGGUAUAGACGAAGUGUGUGGGGGGGUGAAGGAGGUGGAGAGGCGUCUGGUGGGGGGAGGGCAGGCGGACGGCUGUCACGGGGGCGACGGGAGUGUUGCAGACGAUAAGAGUGGUGGGAGUGGUGGGAAUGGCGGAAGUGGCGGGAGUGGCGGGGCGGGUGGGGAUGGUGGGAGUGGCGGGAGCCAAGAGAACUGCAAGCAGUGGCCUGAAAGCUGCUGGCCAGUUCCCGGGGUGCCGCUCUCCCUCUCACACGUACGUGAGUGCUGCUGCCCCCCCGCCUCUCUCCCUGUCAGAGACAAGUGUGUCCUGCUUCCCACCCCCACCACCGUGACCAGUCUAGGAGUGCCUCUCUCCCUCUCACACGUACGCCGACUCUUCACAGACCUGCGCACCACCCACGCUCGCCUGUACCACACCAACCACCUUUCCCUCUACCCCCACCCUUCUCGCCCCACCCCUGCCCCCAACCCACGGCAGAGCCCCUCUCGCCCUCUCUUCCUGGUGUUUGGCUUCUCAGGCAAGCAAGCUACUCACCCUCGCCUGUACCACCCACCUUUCCCUCUUUCCUCUCUCCCCCCAUUUCCCCCACCCCUGUUCCCCGCACAGCAGAGCCACUCUCGCCCUCGCCUUCGGGUCUUUGACUUCGCAUCUGUCACCCGCCCUCGCUUCCUGGUGCUUGGAUUCUCAGGCAAGCCAACCACCCUCGCGCGGAUGGAUGUGGUGGAGGCAGCGAGGAUAGCCCACAUGUCCGGCCGCAUUCUGGUUCUGCCCAAGGUGGGCGACAGCCAUGUCUCUCUCGCCCAUCCACUGCCCCUCUGCGCCUACUGGGACCUCUUCAAUCUCUCCCACGCCGCCGCGCCUAAGGUCAAUGCCGUCCCCAGCAUCAAAGACAGCCUCGAGAAGAACCAUUCCAAUGCCUCCCAAGCCUCUCAGUCGCCCAAACAGCUGCCGAGCCUGCCCCACGUGGCUUGGAUGUCGCCGGACCUCUUCCUGCUGCUCGCCCGUGCUGCUGCUGCUGCUGCUGCUGCUGCUGCUUCCUCUCCCCCAACCAACGGCUCUGAUACCAGUGGCUCGGAUUCCAGUUCAGAUAUUUCGGGUGUUGCUGGGCUGAGAAGCCCCGCGGUGGGCUUCGUGUGGGUGCAGUCGCGGCACGCCCAGCAAGCCCCCUUUUGCCAUGAGCCCCUAUCAGCCAUGAUGGGCCAUCUACUGCCAUACGCCAUGGGGCACGUGCCUCUCCCCUCCAACACGCUCGACCUGCGCCUCCCAGUGCGAGCCGAUGCCGUGCAAGUGCUCAUGCAGGCCUGGCAAGAUAAAGACGUGGUGGUGUGGGUGAAGGCAGCAGCAGGCAUGAUCGAGUUCGACCCGCUCACAGGCAGCCUCGCCUUGGCCUCUCUGCCCUACAGCAGGCAGCUGCAUGUACUCGCUACAAGCCUGCUCGGUACUCUGAAUAAGAGUGUGAUGGCCGUGCGCUUGCAACCUGACGUGAUUGCUUGGAGAGUGGGCAAUGAGAGCAACGGGAGCAAUGAGAGCCGACGCAGCAAUGGCACUGGUGUUGCUGACGUGGCACUCAAGGAGCUGACAGGGAUGCGAGAGGAGAUCAAUGACACCGUCACAAUCAACGAGCUGCUGCCAGCGGUCGCAAGAUUUGAUCCCGGUGUUUUGGCAAUCCUUGACAAGCUUGUGUGCUCUUAUGCUGAUGUCCUCUUAGCAGCGUCGACAAGAUGUGGGGGCGAGACAGCAGAUGACAUGGACAUUUUCAAUCACAGAUUGUGGCUCAAUAAACCAAACAAGUCGCUCGUCAUGUGGGGUUAUAACAUGCCUAAAUUUGACUGA